AUGGCGCCGACAGGAUCAAACCCGGAGAAUGGCGACCCCGACGGCGACAUCAUCGCUCACAUGGCAACCGGUAGCGGCUCGCUCGAGAUGCACGACAAGACCGACAAUCCCGCCACCGCCAUCGCUCGCACGGAGAAAGAGCGCGCCGCACGCGAAAAACACAACGACGCGAACUGCCGCCUUCUUGGUCUCUGCGCGGAGCUACGCAACAAGAUAUUCUUCGAAGUUGUGGAGCAUCGACGGCAGGAUUAUGUCGAGUCCAACGGGUUCCACCCAUCAUCUCCACCGCUUCUUCAGACUUGUCGUGGCCUUCGCUCGGAGACCGUACCAAUCUUCUAUGGUAGCAACACAAUCGUGCUGAUUAUAUACCCGAAACGCAACAACGAAGAUGGCCGGCGUAAAGAGGCCUUCGCCUGGACUGAGUCCCUUUCCAACGAUGCCCUGCCCCAGCUUCGCAGGGUCUAUCUCUUUUCCCGGCUCCCGUGCGAAUGCAACACCCCAUCUAGGAAGUUUUUCUUGGCCAGCCUGGGCGUGACAUCCCAGGGGAGAGGACGACUCGAACUCGAAAUCCUCAUGCCGUCUGAGUACUCGCUUGGCAGCGUCGAGGCAGGCGGACAUAACUGUCGCCUCUGUUACCAAGAUGUACAGGUGGCAGCGGCGAAGGCUAGGAGGGAUGCGGAAAUUGUGCUGCGUCGGAUGAAUCUAGAAGAGGGAAGCGCAGCGUACCGAUCGGCUCUGCUGGAGCUGAUCAAGUGCGUUGAGGUGUGA